UUUUAGAUCAAACUUUACCCAGUGUAAUGACAAUGGCUGUUUCUUACACUGUUAUUAGUUAUAAUCAUUAUUUUAAUUAAAUUUUAUACAAUUUAUGUCCAUGCCGCGCCAGCUGUUUUUUCUUCUAGUGCUGCCAGACCGUGAUUCAAGUGUUGAGCGCUGCCAACACGUGCCGAAAAUACGAAGCGAAGAAAAACACCAAAAAACGCAGAGAAAACAUGCUAACAGUCGAAGAAGCAAAAGCAAUAAAAAAAAGAGGAAAACAAGCAGCAAAUAUGUUUGAUAUAACGAGGCAGCGGAAGAGACAAAAAUUAUAAAUCAGUGUAGAGAAAAAAUUGCCCAGUGUGCGAAGAGAAGCAAAGCUGCAUUCAUUAAUUGUGUAAAAACCACUAAAAAAAAUCCUCAAGUAGCUAUGAGCAACAAAAACAGCAACAAUAUCAACAGCACCAGCAUGCCAUACCCGGAAUCCGAAGAAGAGGAGGAGGAGCUCAGCGGGUCUUACAACAUCAAUGACAAUGGUGGUCAGUUAAGUGACUGUAGCAGCAGUAACAGCAGCGCUGCCAGCAGCAGCGGAAAAACGGCAAGCAGUUCCAAUAGCAACUCCAGCGAUGAGGACGAUGACGAUGACGAUGAUGACGCCACGGAUCAGGACACACAUACUGAUACCGAUUCGGAUGAUGCCACAACCACGCAAUCCGAUGAGCUAGAACUGGCCCAGCUUAGCGAGCAGCAUAUAUUUCGCUUGCCCCGCGGACUCUGCGAAAAUGCGAGCAUUUUUCAUGAAUUCUUUUCAGUUGAAACCUGGCAAAUGCUCCCCAAUAACAUGCAGGCACGCCUGCAGCCCUUACUGCCUAGCUAUGCAGCCUUUCUGACGCCAGCACAGGCGGCCGCGGAACAGCAACGGACGCUUCUGCAGCUUUUCAAUGGGGGUAUGCAACGCUUCGGUCAGUCACCAUUAUUGCGACUGCAACGACAACUAGAAGAAGGUAGCUUACGGCCGGAUGUGUUGCAGCUGCGCCUAAGUAUUGAGCGUUCACAGAGACGGGAGUGUCGCUUCCAGAAAGCCGAGCGCCUCAGUCGGCUAGCCAAGGAACUAUUUCUUUCCCGGGAGCAAGUGCUGCAACAGGUCUAUACAAUGGCACCGCCUCCGCACGAUGGUGAUACAUUUAAAGAGCAGCCACGCCCACGCAAACGUAAAACGCCUACGCUGCACCGAGAAAACAAAUUCUGUGUGGAACGUGCACGCAAACGAUACUGCCAAGAGCUCGUCCAGUUAGCACGUGAAUUGAAAUUGCAGCCCGGCGACAUCAGCGCUGACGAACAGGACGAGGAAGCGGCUCAAUUGGCAAUAAUUGCCGAGGAGCGCCAGCUGAAGUCAGAAACGAUUACGCGGCCUUCAAACGCGGCGGAUAAGAAAUGCAUUUACAGUACCUUCUUCAAGCGUCGUCCUGGCCUAGAGGAUGAGCAAGUGCUGCGCAGCAUGCAGUCGGACAAGAUCCAGCCACUGAACGAGAAAAACUUCAAGAAGUAUUUACGCGACUAUAAGCGGCGGAAAAUCCAGCAACCGCAAUUGCCCGACUUUGAUACCGCUGACAUACGAUUGCGUGACAUUUGCACACGCGCUCAAUUUGUGGGCAAUUUUAAACCAGGACGCAAGCCGAAAGCCUUGACAGCUCGUCUCAAUCAGCAGCAGGUGAAUGAGCCCCCCGCCCUGGUGCCUAUUGGUGUCAAGGUCAAGCAGGUGGAACCUGUAACUGAGCUGCUCACCGAUGAGCCGCAGCAGCUUUAUGGGCGCGCUGCCCUUGAACCGGAUGAGGAGGAGUUAGAGCAGGAGUUGCAAGAGCAGUCGGAGAUACAGCCAAUGUCCAAGACAUUGGAACCAACAGCAGUAUCUGCGCUUGCCCAGCAAUUGCCAAAACUGGAACCGAUUGUGGCUCGUGCUGUCUUCACCAGCAAUUCGCCUCGGGCGUUAAUCAAGGCAGGUGCCCAUAUCACUGGCAGUCCCACCCGAGAACACGCAACUACAGCGAUCACCCAACGGUCACAUGCCUGUUACUUUUCGCUGUUACGAGAUCUGUUUGUGUCCACGCCGCAACAUCGUUUGACCUACCUGGAGUUGCAGUCGCAGCUGCACAAGUGGCGAACGGAUAGCUCCACUGGUGGCUUACCAGAUUGGCUUCGCCUACUGCCCAACGAUUGGACACAAUUACUGCAAUCAGCUGUUAGCUUCCUGUCGGGUGACUUUGUCACGCUUCCUUCAGAAUAUGUGCCCUACAUUGAACAUAAAACGCAACUGAACAUAUAUCAAUGGAUUGGUGCUGGCCGCGACUCGGAUACGCGUCUGCAAACGCUCUGCCAAUAUUGGCUGCAGCGUCGCAAGGAGGACACAAUGACGAUGCAACAGUUGCCGCUGCAACAGCAACAACAGUUGGCACCACAUCAACAAUUGAGUCCCAUUGCUGCACUGGAUGUGACGCCUACGCCGCCGCCGCGUUGCCCCACCAGUUGGGCAGUACGCGUGGCGACCCAGUCAGAGAUGCUGGAGUUCCAGCGACAGGAACGCCUGCGCUUCGAGCAACCACAUCGUCCCUUCACGUAUCGCAUGCACGGGUACGAGAGCGUUGUGGGACCCGUGAAGGGCAUAUAUACGCAGAGCUUGGCCCUAAAUAAGGCGCGCGGUCAUGCCGUCAUGGUAGACGAUAGGCCGCCAUAUGUGACCAUCUUGACGCUAGUGCGAGAUGCCACCGCACGGUUGCCCAAUGGCGAGGGUACAAGGUCAGAGAUAUCCGAACUGCUAAAGUGUUCGCAGUUCGUCAAUCGGCAGGCGGCAGAGAAUGUGUUGCAAACGAUUGUGAGCGGCGCGCUGGAUCGAAUGCAUGGCGGCCUGGAUCCGUGUGUGCGCUACGAUGCACGUCGCAAGAUCUGGAUCUAUUUACAUCGCAAUCGCAGUGAGGCGGACUUUGAGCGCAUGCACCGCCAGAAUCAGACGAUGGUCAAGCAAAAGCAGCAGCAGCGCAAGCACAAUAAGCCAAAGAAGGAUGAAUUAAUUGACCAGUGCUCACAGGAGCUGCCCGCCCUGGUGGCAGCUUCCACAGCAACAGCAGCUACAACAGCUGCCACAGCAACAGUAGCAACAUCCACAGCACCUACUUCCACAGGAGUGUUAAUCAAGAAGCAUCCGCCUUCGUCAACGUUACCAUUGCAGGUAAAAUUUCCACCUGUGCCGCCGCUAAAAUAUCAUGUACCGCCUGCCGGAGCCACAGCACCUGGUGCCAACGCUGUCAUUUCCUCCCAACAUCUAGUGACUGCACAGAAAUCUUUGCUUAAGUCGACGCAGCGCAGCGGCGUUGUAACGCUACUGGAAAGGUCGCCAGCAGCUGGUACCGUGCAGUUACUUAAAACGUCACCCAAAACUCUCCAGCAACAACAGCAGGUGGGACAUAACAGCAGCCCGACUCGUAAUACCACGCCCAUACUUGUGUCCACGCCCAGCGGAUUGCAAACUGUUCAUGUGGCUGCCACGCCCAAUAAAAAGAUGGCCAUCAAAAAGCCCAUUGUCAUCAAUACGCCCACACAAACACAGGCAUCAAGUACAGCAACAGCUGCAACAUCAACGGGCAGCUUUAUUUUGCCAUUGGAUCAACAACAACAGCAACAACUCAGCCAGCCCAAUAAAGUUUCGCCCGCGCGCCAACAAAUGCCCAAAAAUAUUAUACGCCUACUACCCGCAAGUGGGGCAGCGAGUCCAGUUGCUAGUAAACCUUCAGUUGUACAACUGCCCGGAAGUCCGAGCGCUCUUAGGCCCUCGACACCUGUUCAAAUACUUGGACCACGCAUGCUCGCACAGACCACUGUGCGGCCUUUGCAACAAAAGAUUGGCGGUGUUUCCAUUAUCAACAAUAAACCUACGAACACGACCAGUGGAAGUCCAAUCGCCAAUGCCACAGCUAGUGGCACGACAACGGGCACGGGUACCAUUGUAAAGAUGUCACCACAGGCGUUCGCCACUCUGCAGCAACAGCAAUUGAAGCAGAAACAACAGCAGUCACAGCAACAACAGCCGCAGCAGCGAAUACUCGUGGGCAACACGGCAAUAUCAUCGAACAAAAACAUUGUGUUCCAGGCGCUACCAAAAGCAGCACCUAAAAUACUCAGCACCAUGACUGGGCAGGCCAAACCGCUGGCCACCGCGAAUCUCUCGCCGCAGCAGCAGCGCAUUGUAUUGCAAAGCUUCAAGCAGCCGAUAUCUACAUCAGCAGCAGCUGCAGUUGCUGCUGCUACCUCACAGACAACAACACGUAUCAUACGCACGAGUCCGGUGACGGCAACAACAACAUCCGCGGGCACAGCUACAGCAACGCAAGGUGGACACAUAUUGACGCUGGAGAGUCUGUUGCAGAAACAAAAUGCUGGCAAGCUCAUACAGCUAGCGACAACAACCACCGGUAGCAAUGUAAUAACGCUUACACCUUCGGCUCAACCCCAGAAUCAGCAACAGCAGUUGACCACGACCAAGCAGCUUCCGACAACGGCGCGAAUUGUUACCGCUGGCCAUGCUGCAAUGGUACCAAAAAUCAUAGGCAAGACGACGGUCAUGCCCGGAAAACCGCUGCUGUUGCACGCUAAGACACUGAAGCUGGGCGGCACUGCAGUAGUUAGCACACAAACAAGUACAGCCACCACACUAACCAGCGGUGGCAGUGUCGCUGGUUUGAAGACGGCGCAAAACAUUGUGAUUGGUGGGCAGACGGUGAAGCUGCAGGGAACGACUAUUCCAACGCGCAAUGCUUCAGGUGCACCUAUGCAGACGGUCAUCAUGGGAAACCAGUUGCUGCGUCUCGCCACCAGCAGCAAUAGCAGUAACACGACCAGCAUCAACAACAGCAACAAUAGCUUGCCUAGCACGUCCAGUGGCAUUGCAAGUGCUCCCAAAACUCUGCUUAUUGGCGCUGGUGCAACACAAACGUUGCGUUUAGGCAAGAAUGUGCUGCUCGCGGCCAGCAGUGGCAGUAGUGUAAGCACCACAUCAACGGUGGCCACAACCACUGCAACACCUGCCAAUAAUCUGGUAUUUGCCGUGCAGAACAAUGGCGGCCAAUUGUUCUUUACGCCUGGACUGCAGGGUGUCAAUCUGAAACCGUUGUCCAGCAUGAAGGUAAUACCCAUGUCCACGGCGACAACUGUCGGCGCCGGCAGUGGUGUUAAACUGAGCAAUGUAACGACGGCAACUGUUGAUGCGGUAGCUGGCAAAACGUUGAAUACUAAACUGUUGCCCGCCGCUGUGCUGAAGACGGCCAGUGGGGGACAUGGUAAUUAAGUAAAAGGACGCAAUUGGCAGAGGCUUGUUAAAACUAUGUUGUUUACAUAAUCAGUUGUUUGGAUUUAACAUUUAUCAUUUAUAUAUACAUAUAUAUAACUAUACAUAGUAGCUAACAUAAUGUAAUUUACGAUUU